GUAUAAAUCUGCUGUAGCUGCGGUGUCCUCGUGUCCUCACGCCCCCUCCGUGUGUCUUCUGGUUUAUUCAGUCUGCGGCCGCCGUGCUUCACUCUCCCCGGCGCGUGUGUCAGGAUGUUCGCGGUCAGAGCAGCGUGGAGGCGAUGUGCGGCCCGUCAGGCCCUCGCGGUUCGGUCCAGCCUGAACGGAGCCGUCGUUCCCCGGAGGCCCAUGUCCUCAGUUCCAGGGGGCAGUGGUGAAAACAUUCUGUAUGUAGUUCUGUGCGGUGGAGCCUUGGCCGGAUCCCUGACAUACACCUACAAAACUAUGUCUUCAGACGGCGCGCGCUAUAAUGACCGCAUUACAGAGAUCCAGGCACGACCCAUGGAUGACUGGAAGCCUAAACAGUGGCCGCCAAAGGGUGCUGACAGCGAUGAGGAAGUCGAGGAGGCAGCUGAGGCAGUGGAGGAGGUUGAGGCUGUACCAGAGGCUAAUGGUGAGGAGGCGCUGCCUGUGGUGGAGCUAGCUGAAGAGGUUAAUGGAGAGGUGACAGCCUCUGCAGAGACUGUGAUGGAGAAAGCUGCUGAAGUGGUCGUUGAGACAGCAGAGGUGGUCGCUGAGGUGGCUGCUGUUGUGGCAGAGACAGCGGAGGAGGUGGCGGCAGUAGCCAAGGAGGUGGAGAAGAUUGCGGAGGAGGUUGAGGCUGCAGCAGAAGCACUAGAAACUCCCGUGUUUCCUGCUGAGGAACCAGCUGCCGCCGUCCCGGAGGAGCCUGCGGCCGAGAGCAACGGGGCUCAGGAAAAUGGAGCGAUAGCUGCUGCUUCUGUGGUGGAGAAGCCAGUGGUUCUUGCUCUGGAUGAAGAACUUCCUGUGAUUGAGGAAGCAGAACUUGAGAAGGUAGCUGAAGCUCCAGCUGCCCAAACUACAGAGGAAUCACCUGACGUCCCAGCAGUAGAGGAGGCCCCAGUUGAUCUAAUUGCAGAGGAUGUGUCUGUUGCCCCAGUUAAUGAAGAGGUAGCAGUUGCUCCAGCAGUGGAAGAGGCAUCAGUUGCUGAGGAGGUGCCAGUAGAAGAGGUAGCAGUUGCCCCAGCAGUGGAAGAGGCAUCAGUUUCUGAGGAGGUGCCAGUAGAAGAGGUAGCAGUUGCCCCAGCAGUGGAAGAGGCAUCAGUUUCUGAGGAGGUGCCAGUAGAAGUAGUACCAGUUGCCCCAGCAGUAGAAGAAGCACCAGUUGUGGAAGAGGCCCCAGUAGAAGAAGUACCAGUUGCCCCAGCAGUAGAAGAGGCACAAGUUCCUCCAGCAGCAGAGCCAGUAGAAGUUGAGGAGGCAGCCAGCCCCCCAGUAACAGAAGGUGAGGCAGUGGAAGUUGCAGAGCAGGUAUCAGAAAGUUCAGAACUGAUUGCAGAAGCUGCUGUUGAAGAGGCUGCAGUAAGUCCAGUUGUGGAGGUAGCAGUAAGUGUACCAGAGCCAGCUGUGGAAAGUCAGGUUGCUGCAGAGGAGACUGCUCCGGUAGAGACAGCAGUACCCCCCGCUGAUGUGGAGAACCCAGCCCCUGAAGCUAAACGUGAAUAUAUUGUAGUUGUUCUGGAGGGAGCCCCAAAGGCAGAGAAGAAGCCCAAGGUUCUUGGUGUUUCCCCCGUGAUUGGAAGGGUCAUCCCAGCUCCUGAUAACGAGGAGGAGCCAGCAGGACAGGUAAAAGGGCAAGCGCCGCCUGCUUAAGGUACAGAUGUCCUAACAUAAACAGGGGGAGUUAACAAGUGAGAAGUCCCACCAUGGUUAACCUGAUCCCUGAUGAAGAAUAAGGAAUGUGCCUUCCCACCUUCUGUUUCCUAUCCAUCACCUGAAUUCCCUUCGCUUUAGUCUAUUUAGAUUCCACUGCAUUGAUUUGGCCCUGAAUGGUACUGGGCUAUGGGGAAAAACAAUCUCUUAUUUACAUUCUUUACAUUCAUACAACUGUUACUGAUACACGUUUACACACUUUACAAACUAGAACCAACCAAUACUUAACAGUCUAUGAUUACAGUCUAGAAAUGCAAAGUUUUAGACAAACAAUUAUAACUAUUUAUUAUUUUAUACACUCAUGAAAACUACAGAUGGUUGAUCUGUCCAAAACCUGGAUAAAUUCUGGACUACCUGCAUGUCUUAUAUUUACAGUGUGAAAGUUGUGAAGGAUCAGUUUUGUACUUCAAUCCUUUUUGUAUUUAGCUGUACUUUCAUUUCUUAACCACUGCACUGCAGAUGGAGUCAUUUACCCUACCUCAAACCUUACUCUGGUCGGCCAUGUUUUCUCAUUGACACAAUAACCGCUGCUAUGUCACCAGGCCAAAGAUUUCCAUGCCAGGAGGACACAUUCAUUAAGCACUGCCACAGAUACACUCCUUGGCAGUUCUUUUUCAGGCACCUUUGUGAGAUAAAAGCCAUUAUAUUUUUUUAGUCUUAAGCCAAAAAUAUAUAUAUGCAUUCUUCAUUUGAGGAACAUUUCUUGUACUGUGAAAAAGAUAUAUAUUACACUCUAUAUUCAAAAUAAAUGGUGCUAUAAAGGGGUCCUUAAGUGAUGCCAGAGAAUAACCACAUUUGAUGCCAUACAUUUUUGAACAUGAGCUGUGUGACUGCUGCUGUGGUGUGUGGAAAACCUUUACACUGACUUUUUCUACUUUUAACUGGUUCUUCAUAUACAAACACUAUAUGUCCAUAUGUGUGUGGAAACCCCUUUUAAUCAGUAUAUUCAAAUAAUUGUCCUCUUAAAUAUAACCCAUUGCUGACUUAUCUAGUCCCUGUAGAGACAUAUGGCCAAUAGAAUAGGACUUUCUGGAGCAGAUUAUAAGCACAAACCUAUGAUGAAUGUUGGAGCUCCAUCCAAUACUUUUGGAAUAAAUUGGGAUUAUGGAUGAUGAUCAUCCAACACCCUACUACAAUUUGACCUUACUAAUUCUCUUUUCACUGAAUGCAACCAAAUUCGCACUGCAAUGCUUUAGAAUCAGAUAGAAUGCCUUCAUUAAUUUCUAUUUUACCCUAUUUUCUAACAAAUUUGGAAGGCCGAGAACACAAUCCCUGUUCGUGUAAACUCCCCCUAUCACUAUAAUGCCCCCAACAUUAGGAGCGUGGAGACUAGCACACGCCUGGCCAAGUGUGCUUGCUCCUGGACUCCUGCACCAGCAUCGUAGUGACAGCACCAUGGCAAAAAAUGUAUUCUAUGGUAUUACUCAAAUACCUCUUUUUAGCACCUUUACUGUACUUUUAAUAGUGUAGGACACUCUGUUACUGGCAUAUAUGGGAAACUAAAACCAGUUACUACACCUUUUCUACCUCACCUGACUUGUAGCUGCUGAUCCUUCACAAUAUUUCCCAUAAAAGAAAAGAAAACCUUUUAACAUAUUAUGAUUACCAGCACUGGAAGAGUUUGACUGUGAAAUGUUAGGGAUAUGAGGUACAUUUUACUGUUAAACUGUACCUAAUUUUACUGUUUGCUUUGCGAUCUGUGUCGUUUCUUUAUUUAAAGCAGGGCUUCUAUCCAUAAAUGUGAAUCUCAAACGUUAGCCACAUCUCAGAGGACCAGACGUCAGUAUUCCUUUACCUGUUUCUUUUGUUUUACACAUCUAUUCUGUUGCUGUUAAUUUGCUAUUAGACCUUAAGUCUGUCUGCUGAUGGUCACUACUCAAUUAAGACAAGCUUAUUACACUUCAGCUGUGCAGUAUUAUCCUAGCAGUUGACAUAUUAGCUGUGUUCCACAGCCUAGGCUGCAGUCGAGGUAGGACUUGGUAUUUUCCUUAGUGGGCUAUUGGUCACGUAUAUAUGAAACAGUCUAACAAAGCUUUGUGGUGACACCAUGCAUGAGGGUCACAUGGUAACACUGUGGCAUUACAAAUAUAUAUAUAUAUAUAUAUAUAUUUGUUUUCUUUUCUUCUUUUUUUUAAAUUCACAAUUAUAGUUAACACUUCACAACACAUUAAGGGUACAUCAUGAUUAGCAUUUGGGACAGAAUUCAACAAUUAAUUAUUUACACAUUACAAGUAUGUCUCUAUUCAUUUUUAUUUACAGCGUACUUAAGCAUUAACAUUUAGUAAUGGUGUUAAUUAAUAAUAGUAAUAAUAGUAAUAGUGUGAAUUAAUAAGUUGAAAAUUACUUAACCAUUUAUUAAUAUUUAUUACUGUUGUAAGUUCUGUUAAUUGUGACCAUUAUUAUAAUGUGUUACCAAAUUUUUAUUACAAAAACAAACCUUUUAAAUAUUUUAAAGCAAACUUCAACAAACAAGGCUGUGUUAUGCCAUUAAUGCUGUUUAUAUUAUUUCCUUUUUGUAAGUAAUACAACAGUUGCGUCCUCUAAAUUGCUCAGAAUGUUGGCUGCAUCUACCGGUUGUAUAUGAAGAUUCCUUUCUUCUACAACCUAGUGGCAGAAAAAUGCAACCUAGUCUUUGGACACAGCAACAGAUUUCAUCACUUCAGUAGCAGUGAAGCUAUUGUCCAGUUAAUUUCUUUUUGAUGCUUCUAGUAAAGGUUUAUGUCUAACUAGGUUAACUAAUGCUUUAAGCUUUGCAUUAAAGCUUUCGUAAUUACAGUUUUGUUUCCGUUAUUUUUUUUCUGUGUAGGUCAUCUGAUGUCUAAAGAGAGAGUUUCAAAUAAUAUUCUGUGAUUCGUGUAUCUGUCUAUCUUUAAACUCCUGAAAUGGCUUGAGGGAUGUAUGUGAAGUGUAUUUACUAACCUGUGCUUGUUCGAUGCUUGUAAUAGUGGUCCAGGUUGGAAGCCUGACCAUUGUUUGUGAAUGUAGGCAGAGUAUUGUCUGAUUUCAAUAAAAAGGGAAUGAAAGCGG